CAGAGUCCAGAGUGCAGCUGAGUGUGGAUCGUCAUGGACCAAGAAAACAGAAAGAUUCUCUGCGUCGGACUCGUUUGUCUGGACAUCAUCAGCGUGGUGGACAAAUAUCCUGAAGAAGACACUGACAGCAGGUGUGUGUCACAGCGUUGGCAGCGAGGAGGAAAUGCAUCAAACUCCUGUACAGUUCUGUCUCUGCUUGGAGCUCAGAGCGCCUUCAUGGGCUCACUGUGUGCUGGACCUGUGGCCGACUUUAUUUUGGAGGAUUUUCACAAAGUGUCCAUUGAUGUGUCUCUGGUUUGUGAGCAUGCUCAGUGCGUCGCUCCAGCGUCCGUGGUCAUCAGUAACGUGAGGACAGGAAGUCGCACCAUCCUCCACAUGAACAGUUUCAUUAUGACAGAUUUCUCAUUCCGUUCGAUCGAUGUAUCUGCGGUCAGCUGGCAGGUCAAAGGUCAAACCCCGUGUGCGUGUUGUGUGGUUUGUCCGUCCCGUGGAUCUCGUACUGUCCUUCUGUCAGACAUGAAUCUUCCCGAUGUCACAGCAGACGACUUUUCCAAAGUUGACCUCAGUCAGUUCAAGUGGAUCCACUGGGAGGGUCGAAACGCUGCAGAGCAGAUUAAGAUGAUUCAGCAAGUGGUGAAGUUUAACGAAGCGUUACCACGGCAACAGAGAAUCAGCAUUUCUGUGGAGAUAGAGAAGACGAGAGAAGCAUUGUACGAGCUGUUUCCUCAUGGUGACGUGGUGUUUGUUAGUAAAGAUGUUGCUCGUCACUUUGGUUUCCAGUCGGCUGAAGCUGCUGUGAGAGGAUUGUACCACCGAGUCAAAGACGGGUCUGUCCUCAUCUGUCCUUGGGCAGAACAUGGAGCAGAUGCUUUGGGUCCAGAUGGCAUCGUUCUUCAUUCUGAUGCUUUUCCUCCUGAAGCGCUGGUUGAUACCCUCGGUGCUGGAGACACUUUCAACGCUGCGGUCAUCUUCAUGCUGUCAAAAGGUGGAUGUUUACAGGAAGCUCUGACCUUCGGCUGCAGAGUGGCCGGCAGGAAGUGUGGUUUCCACGGUUUUGACAACAUCAGUCAAUAUUUCACACAUGAGUGAGACAUCGUGAGACAUCAGAGGUGUUGGCAAACAUGAAGUGAUCGAUAAUUAUAAAUGAUUUACUGAUAUUACAAUCCUAACAAUAACAAACCCAGGAAAAAAGCUGCUAACUGAUGUGAAACUGAAUUGUAACGAUUAUGUGACAGAAAAAAACAAUAAAGAGUUUAUUGAUUAAA